UAAACUAAAAUAUACUUAAUGUAAUUAUGAAACCUGUUUGUCAUGUAUAAAUCAUUUUAAUCACAAGGUUGAUUUCAGUUAUAUUUCAAUUCUAAUACCGAAUAACAUCUAACAGUGAAAAAUAUAAUCAAGUACUAAACAUAUGAUUUAGUAAGUUAGACAACACAUCAAAAUAUUUUUUUUAAUGGUAUCAAGACAUUAUCAGGACCUACAAAUUUUCUCCCAUUGCAUUAUUAUACAGUAGCUCCACUAAAACUCUGAACUACAACUACACACAAUAUUGCUGUCACUAUCUCCGAUACUUAUCGACCCAGUUUAUUGUUACACCUCUACGAACGACUGAAAAAUGAAAGAAAAUUCACAGAUGAAAAAGUAGUUAGCUAAUAUAGCUAGUUAGCACUUAGCAGGUACAGUCAGUCAGAGAUAAAGCUGGUGAAGUCUCAGUGGGGGUGGGAAGGAGAGAGAGAGAGAGAGAGAGAGAGACUAAUUCUCUCAUAAUCCUCCAUUCUGCAAGCCUUCUUCCUACACAACACACUCACACACACCUGAACAUGGGAGAGGGAUUGCCAUCACACACACACCCAUAGGAAUGUGAGACAACGGGACGCAACAGAAGUCAAAAUGGGCGAAGCUCCAAAGGGUUUGCUCUCGGUCAUGCAGAAGCUGAAGGGAUCCGCAGAGCUGGAGCUCAGGAUCGUUCUGCUGGGUCUCGACAACGCCGGCAAAACCACUCUACUCAAGUGUCUCGCCUCGGAGGACGUGAGCACCAUCACACCGACACAGGGCUUUAACAUCAAGAGCGUGGCUUCCCACGGGAUGAAACUGAAUGUGUGGGACAUCGGUGGACAGAGAAAGAUCCGACCUUUCUGGAAAAAAUACCUAGAAAACACAGAUUUAUUGGUUUAUGUCAUAGACAGCACUGACAAGAAGCGCUUUGAGGAAACAGGAUUGGAACUGUCAGAGCUGAUAGACGAGGAAAACCUCGCAGGCGUUCCCGUCCUCAUCUUUGCCAAUAAACAGGACUUAGGCACGGCGUCUCCGGCCAGCGAGAUCGCGGAGGGCUUGAACCUGCACACGUACAGAGAUCGAGUCUGGCAGAUCCAGGCCUGUUCUGCGCUCACCGGAGAGGGAGUGCCGGACGGUAUGAAUUGGAUCUGCAAUAACCUCAUCACCAGGAAGAAGUGAACUUUUCUGAGCUAAACAAGCAUAUGCAAUGCAGAAAUAUUUUUUUUUUACUUGUUUUCCAGUGCAAAUAUCUAAAAAGAGAUACAUUUGCUGGAGAUGCUAAGGGACUUCCGAUAUUAAGUCUUGUGUUCAUCCGCACAAGGAUGAACAGAGAUGAUUUAAUUGAACAGAGAUGGCGACAGAGGAAAAACUUUGUACGGACUGCAGAUUUAAAUAAAAUGCAUUUAAAGGA